GCUGGGGGAAAUGGUGGCAGGCGCUAGGCCCGGGCGGGCCCAGCUGGGGGCGGGUUUGAAUGUGCUCAGGAGGGCGCGGGAAGCUGCCAGCAGAGCUCGCAGAUCUCAGCGUGGAAGGAGUUCAUCUCCAGCAGGACCCUGCAGACAAGUCCCAUUGCCUGAGUCUGGACUAGGACCACCUCUUGGAGACUUUCCAGGCCCCCUCUGCUCUAACCCUUCUGUGGGUGAGUCUGGGCAACCGGUGCCAGAGGGAGAGAUCGAUCAGCCAGGCAAAACCAAGAACACCAUCACCAUGACAACCAAUCACCAGCCUCAGGACAGAUACAAAGCUGUCUGGCUUAUCUUCUUCAUGCUGGGUCUAGGGACACUACUCCCCUGGAAUUUUUUCAUGACGGCCACUCAGUAUUUCACAAAUCGCCUGGACAAGUCUGAGAAUAUGUCCUUGGUCACUGCCAGACCAAGCCAGGAUAUCCAGCCCUCAGCUGCCCCCGCAGCACACGUGCCAGCGCGGAACUCUCUCAGUGCCAUCUUUAACAAUGUCAUGACCUUAUGUGCCAUGCUGCCCCUCCUGCUCUUCACCUGUCUCAACUCCUUCCUGCAUCAGAGGAUCCCCCAGUCUAUACGGAUCCUGGGCAGCCUGGUGGCCAUCUUCCUGGUGUUCCUGAUUACUGCCAUCCUGGUGAAGGUGCAGCUGGAUGCUCUGCCCUUCUUUGUCAUCACCAUGAUCAAGAUCAUGCUCAUUAACUCAUUUGGUGCCAUCCUGCAGGGCAGCCUAUUCGGUCUGGCUGGCCUUCUGCCCGCCAGCUACACAGCCCCCAUCAUGAGUGGCCAGGGCCUAGCAGGCCUCUUCUCCUCGGUGGCUAUGAUCUGCGCCAUUGCCAGUGGCUCGGAACUGUCAGAAAGUGCCUUCGGCUACUUUAUCACAGCCUGUGUCGUUAUCAUUUUGACCAUCAUCUGUUACCUGGGCCUUCCCCGCCUGGAAUUCUACCACUACUACCAGCAGCUCAAGCUCGAAGGGCCUGGGGAGAGGGAGAUGAAGUUGGACCUCAUUACCCAAGGAGAGGAGCCAAGAGCAGGCAAAGAAGAGUCCAGAGUUUCAGCCUCCAACUCUGAGCCCAUCAACAAAAGCCACCCUAUCCGAGCCAUCCUCAAAAACAUCUCAGUCCUGGCCUUUUCUGUUUGCUUCAUCUUCACUAUCACCAUUGGGAUGUUUCCCGCUGUGACCGUUGAUGUCAAGUCCAGCAUCGCGGGCACCAGCGACUGGGGAUACUACUUCAUUCCUGUGUCUUGUUUUUUGACUUUCAAUAUCUUUGACUGGCUGGGCCGGAGCCUCACAGCUAUAGUCAUGUGGCCCGGAAAGGACAGCCGCUGGUUGCCAGGUCUGGUGCUCGCCCGGCUGGUGUUCGUGCCCCUGCUGAUGCUGUGCAACGUCCAACCCCGCCAGCACCUGGCUGUGGUCUUUGAGCAUGAUGCCUGGUUCAUCAUCUUCAUGGCUGCCUUUGCCUUCUCCAACGGCUACCUCGCCAGUCUCUGCAUGUGCUUUGGGCCCAAGAAAGUGAAGCCAGCUGAGGCAGAGACAGCGGGAACCAUCAUGGCCUUCUUUCUGUGCCUGGGCCUGGCACUGGGGGCUGUCUUCUCUUUCCUGUUCCGGACAAUUGUGUGACCAUGGACAGACAAAAGGACUGCACUGCCUGCUUGCCUUCUCCCGCCUUCCUUCUGCUGGGCAUGGCAGGGGUGGUCUGGAGGUUUUUCUCUUCUUUCUCACGGCCUGUGCUGGGCCUGGAUGUCCAGGCUCUGUGGAGGGAGCUUCUGUGGAUGGACAGUAGGAACAUUGUGGGCUUGAGGGUCAGAGUCAAGGGGGCACAUUGUCUGUAUCUGCUUGAGUUUCUCCACCCUUGGCUCUGAUCCCUGCUUGAACAGGGCAUCAGAGGUUGUUAGGCUCAGAGAGUACACGUGUGUGUGUGUCUGUGUGUCUGUCUGCCUGUACCAGGGAUAGCCAGGGGUCAGGACUGACCGUUUUAUGGUCUGAUCUGAUAUUUCCCCUCCCUCCUUUCUCCCUAUGUACCUCAUCACCCAUUCUCUCCAUGUUCCCUUCCCAGCUCUGCCUGCCCAUUUCCUACCCAUCAUGCACCUUGUACAGUUGCCAUUUUAUUGCCUUUUUUUAUAUUUGACAGAAACCAGGUGCCUUCAGAGGCUCUCUAAUUAAACCUUUGUUUUUUUGUUUU